AGGGCCCGGGCCGGGGCGGAGCCUGCAACCCAGGCACGUGUCCUUGACCGGGAUCGAACCCAGGACCUUUGGUCCGCAGGCCGAGGCUCUACCCACUGAGCCACACCGGCCUGGCGGUUUCAGGGGUUCGGCUGCCCCAUCUCCCUGGGGGCUGAGGCGGAAGGGCUCUCCCUGUGUGGAGCCGGCCAGGUGGGGGCCGCCUACGGGCAGGUGAUUGAGUGAAGGUUGGGGAGGGGGCCGGCGGUCCUGGUGGGGGGACGCUGCCUCUGAGGGUGCCCGGGGGACCGCCGCCUCUUCCCGCAGCACCUGGCGGACUUCUCCAUCAGCGGGAGGCUGAUGGCCACCUUGGGCAUCUUCUGCAUGAGCCGCAGCCCCGACGCCAGUGCGGGGGCCUCGGAGGGGCUGCACUACCUGUUCAAGGUGUUAGUGCUGCACAGAAGCAUGAAACACAAGACGGAGCUGAUCCUGAGGGAGCUGCAGAAGCAUUUCCGUGGGGAGUGGCUCGCCUACAUCGAGGACCUCGCCAUGUUCUUCAGGGAAUUCCUGAGCCCGGAGGAGAGGAUGGACGCCGUCAUGGUGUUCAUGGAGGCCAUGGCCAGCGACAGGGAGGACGACGUCAGGGCCGCGUCCAAGAUCCUAAGAAUGACCCUGAAGUCCUCGAUGCCGGAAAUCGGGAAGGUCCCGGAAAUGGUGGAGUUCAUUUACCACAAUAUGAACAGAAUCGCCGAGGCCACGGCCCAGGAGACCAUGAGGAAAGUCCUGCAGCUGCUGGCCCAGGCCUACGCCGACGACGUCAUCCUGACGCUGCUCCAGAUGCAGGACCAGUCCCACAGGUGGGCCCCCGCCAGCUCCAGGGGGAACCGCAAACCCUGGGAGAUCCUGGCGUCCAUUCCCCAGAGCUACGUGGUGAUCAUGGAGCACCUGCUGCGGAGGCUGACGGUGCACCUGAAGCACAGGGCGCCGGAGGCCAGCGACAGGAGGCAGAUCUCCCCGCUGAUAGCCACCAGGGCCAUGCAUGAGUUGCUGCUGGAGCCCAGCCGGCGGAUGGAGGUGCAGACGCUGUUCCCGCCGCUGUUCAUGGCGCUGCUGAUCCAGACGUCCUUCCUCGUGGUGGAGGGGGGUGCCGAGGCCGCCGGGGGCAGCGAGCAUGCCACCAAGUGGAUGGACCCGGUCAGGUACCUCUGGUCCCCAGGGCCCACCCUCUGA